CCAUCAGAACGGAAGCAUUGCUUCGCAUUUAUUUCUCAAUUGGCAGUGCUUUUUUUUAAAAAAUUUUCAAGCUGUUAACUGUACAGAUAAAAUCGACAGAGGCCAAAAUGGCCACUGACGUGAUCCCAAAUCGUGUGAUGCACGAUGAAUUUAAAAAAUCACCCUUCUUCAAAAAUCCCAUUCAGGAGGAGGAGGAUGAGGAGAUAUUUGAUCAAGGAUUCAGAAAAGAAUUAAAUGAACCAGAUUCAAUAACAAUGGACCCAGAAAAUUAUGACACUGAUUCGGAGAGUGAAUCUGAGGAUAUAAAUGAUGAAAUUCGAGAAAACUGUGAUGUCUCUCAAUCACUUAAAAAUGUGGCCCGAGUAUUGAGACUAGUUUCCCAAGAAGCAGAAGACGACAACGACGACAUUGUCAUAAAAAAUGUCAAAGAAUAUCGACGAAAUUUCGACGGUUUUGCUGAAAUAAUACCAUUUGACUCGCUACACUCAAUGCACGAAUACAUUCGUUUAAAUUUAAAAAAUCAACACUCCGAAGAAAUCGAACCAUUAAAACAGGAAAUUUAUCUCAAUAUUUUAUUACGAGUAAAACCUGAGGAGCGUUUCAAUAAAUUAUUGGAGUCUUGUGAUCCAAUUAUUCGUCGCAUUCUCAUGGCAAAUAGAAUAAUAUUGGAAGAUCUUUUUAAAAUUGCAAGUCUCGAGAAAUUACCGUGUCCAAUAACUUUUGACAGUGAAAAUAAACAUGAAUUUGCAAGUCAAACUGAUGAGGACGACACUGACUUAAACAUUAAACCAUGGUACAUGCUCGAAAUGAUUGGCAUCUGGUUAAACUUCAUAAACAAUCAACAAACUUUUCGAGAUGAACUUCGAAAUGAAUUAUUAGAGAAGUGCCUCGCUGGUAUUUCCGUUCCUUUGAAAUUUAAAUAAUUUUAUUUCUUAAUUGUAUAUUAGAUUUGUAAAUUAUUGAAUAAAAGAAAAUUAAUAAAAAAUACUGUCACUGCUAAA